AAUGUCAGUAUAAACCAUUUCUGGUUUAUUGUAAUUUCUUGUAAUCUGUCAAAGUUGAACAUACAUACCUAGAUUAUAGAAUAUAAUUUUCUAUGUUGAAUUAUGUGUUCUGUCCCUUUAGUGUAUUUACAAUUAGACCAUCAAGCUAAAAACAUACAUCCAGCAAGAGAUUGCAUGAGUUCGGCUGCAGUAACAGACAAGAGAAAAUUAGGAAGUGAAUUUAGAAGUACUGUCCAGGAAAAAGUGGAGCGUUGAGAGCCUCUUGCUCAUUUGAUUAGUGCAACAAAUUACUAUUGUGUGUCAAGGAUAUGGUAUCAGUGUCAUAUAACGUGUCUUGUAGCACAGAAAUGCCCAAAUUUAGAUGUUUAAGUCUGACCGAUUAAAUGCUGAUUGCUGUUUUCCUUAUUUCCCCCUCAUAACCUGAUUAAGGAAAAUUGCAGAUGCAUUAACAAGAAAAUAAAUUAAGUGCUCGGUUUUGUUUAACUUCUUCCACAGAAUUCAAUUGGUGUAUUAAUAUUGGUUUUAGUGGAAGCAGAUAGUAGGCAACAGUGGCAGGAAGUUCAGACUUUUCUAUCAGUUUUCCACACUUAACUGACACGGUUAGAAUGGACCUGGGGCUAUUACUGAUUAAUGAAUGAUGCUGAGAGAGCUGCAGUAUUGUGUAUGCAGGUCACAGGCAAAUCUCUUCACUAAAGGGAUGCUCCAGAAAGGUGUGGGAACUUCAGGUGAUGCAAGCUAAGUGCUGAAAUUUCCUAGUAAAAUCCAAAAUAUGUGGCUUCUGGCUGGGGUAUCAUAUCAGAAAUAGAGUGCAGGAGCUUUCUGCAGCCUGAAGCCAAGAUUUGGAGGAGCCUUGCAGCCACUCUGAAAAAGGAGCAGUUUGUACACACUCUAUCAACCAGCUAGAUCUGUUGGGCCAGACUGUUUGCUUAGCACAUCCAUAAAUACCUGUCCACAUAAACUGGGACAAAAAAUUUUCCAGAAUUGUGCUCCUUACCUUUGAGGUGAGUGGAAACCACGUUUGCCUUCUCUGUGGUUCGUUCCUAUUUCCAUGUGUGUCUAUACAAGAUUUCCCUCUACCGAGCUGUUGCAUCUGCUUGGUAAUACAAGGCACUUCACCAAGUGCCCUUAAGGGUAAAACCAGUAUGCACAGUAUUCAGAUAAGGGAAAAUGAGCAGUAAGUCCUGAUAUAAAACAAAACAUUUCAUGUGUACAAACAUGCUUGAGUAUUUAUACUAUGUCCUUAAAAGAACAAUUAUAAAGUAUGCAUUUCAGAAUGUAAUCCUAGAGGGUCAUGCAAAAUUAGUACAAUCAGAACUUUUGAAAUUACUAUUCUAGUGUAGAACUCAAAAAUACCCUGUAGAGUAAGCUAUAGUGAAAAUCUAAAAAAUAAUAGUUCUGAGCUGUAACAUACUGUUAAGCAAAAUGUGGAAGUUUGGACAACUGCUUUUUUUUAAUAAAACAUUUUAGGAUGGUUUUGAAAUAUUUCAAGGGAAAAUUUAAGCCAGAGUUUUGAAAAGAAAGAAUAGGCUGGCAUAUAAGAGAGCAUCUUUCAAACAGUAAGAGUUGCACUGAAGAGAAGGCAGAAGACUGCAGGAGGGGUAGAGGGAUGCAGGUGUGGGAGAAUGAGAGGAUGAAGGAAAGGUAACAGAAGGACUAAGCCUUUGAGGUAUGCUUGCAAAGCUUGAAUGUGAUACAGAGAAGUCAGUCUGGAUAAGCUUGAAAUAGAGCACUGUGAGAAGGAAAAAUGCAAGAGAUGAUGAAAUUGCGAUUUGUCUCAUUUCCAAGCUGCUGUGAUUACAUAUUUCAUAAGGAUGAAAGAAAAUAAUUAGGGCAUCUGGGCGUUGCUGCAGUGUCAACAUGAAUACUUAAUUUUCACGCAACAUACUUCUUACUGUGCUUUUUCCUCAUGAAAAAUGCAUUCGUUAUUGCUAUUGCAAAAAAAAAAAAAAAAACAAAAAAAAAAACACCUUUUUAAAAAAUAAUUAGGUCAAGGGAAAAAAAAGGCAGUAGACGUUCUAAUGGUCACAGAAUACGUAGGGAAGGGUGAACAAGCUUUCAGUUUAAUCCUGCAGGAUUACAAACUGGUCUGUCUCUCCCUGCCUCCCUCCCCUAUCAGAUAUCCUAUAGACGGAGGAUGCAGUCACAUGAUUGUUACUGCUUCCUCCCCAUGACAUCAUUGCUUUUGCAGCCAUACCACCAAAGAAAGGAUGCUAUUACAAUCUUUGGGACUGGGCUAAAUGAUGUUGCAUUGCAGACCCUAAUAUGGUUAAUGCAGGAGACAUGAAUGGUUCUGGCAACCUGAUGGAUUUUUUGGAUGAGCCCUUCCCUGACGUUGGGACUUAUGAAGAUUUCCACACCAUUGACUGGCUGCGAGAGAAAUCACGUGACACUGACAGGCACAGAAAGAUUACAAGCAAAAGUAAGGAAUCCAUAUGGGAGUUCAUCAAGAGUUUGCUUGAUGCCUGGUCAGGAUGGGUUGUAAUGCUUCUCAUAGGACUACUGGCAGGCACGUUGGCUGGAGUGAUAGAUUUAGCUGUGGAUUGGAUGACAGACCUGAAGGAGGGUGUCUGCUUAUCUGCGUUCUGGUACAGCCAUGAGCAGUGCUGCUGGACGUCUAACGAAACUACAUUUGAUGACAGGGACAAAUGUCCCCAGUGGCAGAAAUGGUCUGAACUUCUUGUAAACCAGUCUGAGGGUGCAAGUGCUUACAUUCUAAACUAUUUUCUAUACAUUAUGUGGGCUCUAUGUUUUGCUUUCCUGGCAGUCUCUCUGGUCAGAGUGUUUGCUCCCUAUGCUUGUGGCUCUGGAAUCCCAGAGAUAAAAACCAUCUUGAGUGGGUUCAUUAUUAGGGGCUACCUGGGAAAGUGGACACUUUUAAUCAAAACAGUCACCUUGGUUCUGGUGGUGUCUUCAGGCCUCAGCCUUGGGAAAGAAGGGCCGUUAGUUCAUGUGGCCUGUUGCUGUGGAAACUUCUUCAGCAGCCUUUUCUCAAAGUACAGCAAGAAUGAAGGAAAGAGAAGAGAGGUGCUUUCAGCUGCAGCAGCUGCAGGAGUUUCUGUUGCCUUUGGGGCUCCAAUUGGAGGUGUACUUUUCAGUUUGGAAGAGGUCAGUUAUUACUUUCCUCUGAAAACCCUCUGGAGGUCAUUUUUUGCUGCUCUUGUGGCAGCCUUCACAUUGAGAUCCAUCAAUCCUUUUGGAAACAGCCGACUGGUCCUUUUCUACGUGGAGUAUCAUACCCCCUGGUACAUGGCAGAGCUUUUCCCUUUCAUUCUGCUCGGCGUCUUUGGUGGUCUCUGGGGGACUCUGUUUAUCCGCUGCAACAUUGCCUGGUGCAGGAGGCGAAAAACCACAAGGCUUGGGAAAUACCCAGUUCUGGAGGUUAUUGUGAUAACUGCUAUCACCGCUAUUAUCGCAUACCCUAACCCGUACACACGGAGGAGCACCAGCGAGCUGAUCUCAGAGCUCUUCAAUGACUGCGGUGCCCUGGAGUCCUCACAGCUCUGUGACUAUAUCAAUGACCCAAACAUGACCCGGCCUGUGGAUGACAUUCCUGACAGACCUGCUGGCCCUGGAGUCUACACAGCGAUGUGGCAGCUUGCCUUGGCUUUGGUGUUUAAAAUUGUCAUCACAAUAUUUACUUUUGGCAUGAAGAUCCCUUCAGGCCUUUUCAUUCCCAGCAUGGCUGUUGGAGCUAUGGCCGGCAGGAUGGUUGGGAUUGGAGUUGAGCAGCUGGCAUAUCACCAUCAUGACUGGAUCAUCUUCAGGAACUGGUGCAGACCUGGGGCAGACUGCGUCACACCUGGACUUUAUGCUAUGGUGGGAGCGGCAGCUUGCCUGGGUGGUGUUACCCGAAUGACUGUCUCGCUGGUGGUGAUUAUGUUUGAGCUAACUGGAGGCCUGGAGUACAUCGUACCUCUUAUGGCUGCAGCUGUCACAAGCAAGUGGGUGGCAGACGCCUUUGGGAAAGAAGGGAUUUACGAGGCUCACAUUCACCUGAAUGGUUACCCAUUUCUGGACGUGAAGGAUGAAUUCACUCACCGAACCCUGGCGACGGAUGUCAUGAGGCCAAGGCGUGGUGAAGCUCCUCUCUCUGUUCUGACGCAGGACAGCAUGACUGUGGAGGAUGUCGAGACAUUAAUCAAGGAGACUGACUACAAUGGCUUUCCAGUAGUGGUUUCUAAAGACUCAGAGAGACUUAUUGGAUUUGCACAGAGACGAGAGCUGAUUCUUGCGAUAAAGAAUGCAAGACAGCGGCAGGAUGGGGUGGUGAGCAACUCCAUUGUGUAUUUCACUGAAGAUCCCCCAGAACUGCCACCCAAUAGUCCCCAUCCACUGAAGCUGCGGCGUAUUCUCAACUUGAGCCCUUUCACUGUCACUGACCACACGCCAAUGGAGACAGUGGUAGAUAUCUUCCGGAAACUUGGACUCCGACAGUGUCUUGUCACUCGCAGUGGGAGGCUGCUGGGUAUCAUAACUAAAAAGGAUGUAUUAAGACAUAUGGCUCAAAUGGCAAACCAGGACCCUGAAUCUAUCAUGUUUAACUAGACUGAUAAAGGGAGAAGAGAGAAAAUAACCUCAAAAGGAUCCCCUCUAGAUUAACACAAAGGCUAUGUUUGGUGUUUCAUUUUGUUUAAAGAGAAAAUAUAAUGCGGAUGAGGAAUGGCCUAAUAUACCUCUGACAGAAGGAGUGGAUGCAGGAUGGCACUUAUUUAAUGAUGUAGGCAGUUUAGAAGCUCUGAGCAGCUGCAGACAUCAAGCUGUGUUUCCUUAAUGAGUUUCCUAACAGCUCAAUUGGUGCGUUUGUGGGUGUAAGUGAUGUGGUGCUUAAAGGCAAAGAGCCAGGAGCACCAGUGGGAUAUAUCAGCAUUCAUUGUAACUCAUGAGGCAGGUGUGAAGAGUAGCAGACACUGUUUGUGUACAGGUUAUUAACAGAUACAAAGCUUUGUGCUCCAAACUAGAGAGUGUGUAUGAGUAAUGUCAGUUGUUUUUGUUACUGAAAUCAUGACUAUUUACUAGCUACUGAAUUAUACUAUUUUCAUGAGGAAAAAGAAAAUCAUCAUCAUUUAUUUUUGUAAAAGUUAAGUAAAUCAAGACUGGAGUUAAAGGAGGAAGAACACACUUCAAUUCAUUUUAAAACAUAUAGGCCCCUGUUUCCUGCUUUAGUCCUUUGAAUUUUAUACAGUUUAACAUUUCUAUCAGUCAGUUUCCCUUUAUAAAUGUUUAAACAUGACUUAUUUGUAAGGAUUUAUUAUUUCUCUAUGCAAUUUUGCAUACAGGUACUGUAAUAUUUAGUAUUAAGUGGUUUGCUAUGACAACAGGAAAAAGCAUAAAAGCCCAUGGAGGAGUUUUCACAGGCACAAAAGAGAGACUGCUGUCCAGCUCUCGUUGAUGUUAGCGACAAGAGAUUCAGUCCCUCACCUGUCUCCAACAUCAGCAUUUUUCACAGACUAGUGAAGUUCUGCACUGAUUGCUGGUUCUCCAUUUUGUUCCUUUUCUUCAUUGCCAUUUCUUGGCAUUUGUCUGCACCUGCCAAGAGAUUAUUUAAAUUAAUUUAAUGGAGUCACUGACAUCUAUUCUGUAGCAGAUCUACUCUUUAUGCUGCUUCUGCCAGUUGUAGGACUGAGGAAUCCCUCCAUACAACACUCUGUCAGGAUAAGGGAUCAAAGGGAUUGAGAAUGUAAACAACAAUAGCAAGACUUUAAUUAUUUAUUCUUUUGCUCCAAGAACACAAGAUUUAAAAGCCCACGGUAGGGACCCCUGGGACCCCUGAGAUAAAAAUGAUGAAUUUUCCUAAUCCCUUGUUCUGGUACUAUGAGAUGCACUGAGUCAACAUUGUCUGCAUUAAUAUACUGUUACUUUAGUCAAUACUGCUAGCAGUAAUAGAAGACCAAAUUCUACUCUCAGUAACACAUAAUACACACUGCCUAAUGUUUUGUUUCUUCCUAAAAGCUCAAAGAUGAUCACUGGAGAGAGUUUGGAUCCUAACUUAGAUGCCCUGAAAAUCCCUUUCAGGAAAGGCUUCUGAUCCUCUGAGACACCCUCUUCAUUUAGAUGUUUAAGACCUCUGGUACCUUUGCUCAUCUUCAUACAGAUAACUUCAGCUCAAGUCCAUUGCAUCCAAAAGGUCUUCAGGGACAGAGUUUAAGUCCUUUCAUACCAAAAGAGCCUAUUGCUUGCUACAAAAGCCAGACUAUUGAGUCAAUUUGUAGGCAAUGUGCAUGAUCAUUGUGUCUCUGAACAGAGACAACAAACCAGGUGCACCCUAAGUUAAAUGCCCAGCAUUACAUGUCACGAAUUCCUCCUCUUGUCUCAAGUGACCCUGCUUCCUUCUGGCAGGUGUCCCACUGCAUUCACACAACGUAUGGCCCAAAUUGUUUAAGUAAAAGAAACAGAAGUAAAGGGAUAAUUUUAAUCUGCUAAGUACUCCAUUUAACAAUAGCAUUUGAAGAGACUGACAUAAAUAUACGUAGCUCUGGCCAAAGCCCAGUGUGUAUUUUUGGCUAACUGAACAUCUGCAGUACAAUACAUUAUUAAAGGGAUAUUGUUAAAACUACGUAAGCUAUAGGACCAAGAAACCCUUUUCUUCCGAAACUAGGAAAUGGUGCACAAUAUUGUUGUUUUUUUUGUUUUUCUGUGAAGCAGUCAUCAACCAAACUCAUAAAAAAGCAACCAAGUCAACUACCAAAUGCAUAAAAAUCGUAUCCCUUCAUUUGAACACAGAUGCCAUCCUAAGAAUCAGUGAAUUCCCAUGACUAAAACCAACAAGAAGUUUAGUACAACUAUCAAUUUCUACCCAAAACUACUGAAUCAAAGGGAUUUGGACUGAGAUAAACAGGUUGACUUUUGAGGGCAAACUGUUCUAGAAUUAAAACUGAAAGGACUAUGGUCUAUUUUUCCACUUUUAUAACUCCAAAUUUUAAUACAUACAUAUCAGAAUAACAUUUUAUCCAUCUCCCUUUAUGUUUACAUAGGAAACAAAUUAGCAUACUCUCCUCACUUGAACACUUUUAAAUAAAUCUUCUCCUCAUAAGCCAGGGAAAAUAAGUUGGGAAAGUCCAUUUACCUGCUAUUUGAUAUCAAACUCUGCUCACAUGUAUGUCAGGGAAAAGGGGAGGUCUAAAGCCUUCUCUGUUAGCCAAGGAAAUUUCAGUCCACAGCGCAUUAGCAUUUAGUCCAUGGCAGAGCUAACUCCAAAGAGUGUUCACAGUACUGAGGAUGAUGUUUGCUAACAGGAACUGGGAUGGUACAUCAAUACUGAAAAAAAUGUCAUUUCCUGAGAAAAAUUACAGAGUUAGCUAGCUGAUAUUAAAAUAACAGUGAAUACAAACUCAUUUGGGUAGUGACUGGAGUUAUCAUCUCAAACUCAGUUCAAGGCUAUACAUAGGCAAAAACCUGAGUGGCUAAUUCCCACUAAUACCCAGAGGCCUGAUCCACUAAAGCCAACAGCCAGCCUUGUGAUAUCUUGUCAUGUAGGCUUAUUAGACUGCACGUGAGAAACAUUAAGGACUUAAGAAUGGGAUCCACAAAGUCAUCAUGGUGCUUUAUGAGAAACACCAAGGAGGGAAUUGAGACUUAGGCACUUAUUGCUGGUGCAGUUUGAACCCAGGACUACCAUCCAAACAGAAGGCAGGCAAAUGGGAGUCCAGCUCUUUUCUGUGAAACCUGUUCCUCUUUAGGUAAAAUGAUUAAAUAUUUAAUGGGUCAAAGAGAAAAAACUUUGGGUGUAUAACUGUAUACAUGAGGGGUUAGACUGCCUCUCCUUGUUCCAACAUCUGUUCAAAAUACUUUAAAGUGUCUUAGAGCAGGGACUGAAAUUUAGCUUUCCAGAAAUGGCAUAGGAAUAGCCAUAGGAAUAGCUUCCAGCUGUUUAGCAUUGUUAAGGCUGAGGUGGUGCUAGAAUGACAAGGAGAGCUUUGAAAUGGACAGACUUUGCUAAUUAAAAAACUUAGAAGUUCAGACACUUACAGAGACAGUCAGCAGUUGGCUGCAAGUUCUUCUGUUGACUUUCCUCCAUGCUGUAUUGUCUCCAUUGCUCUUUUAGCCUUGGUGACUGAACAAGAAACACUCUUAGCAUAAAUUAAGAACACACUUUUCUCAAAAAUGCAGUUCUAAUCAAAUGAUUUAAUGUAAUUCCCCAUAACAAGCCCAUUAUCAGUCAGUGUUUUCCAUCUGUAUUCCCAAAUGUGUCUCAGAACUUACUGCAUAGACUCCAAGAGGCAUAUAUCUCAGCCUUAAGUAUUUAUUUGAAUCUGUAGAACUCAAGAUAGAGUUACAUAGCCUAAUUAAUCUAAGAGUUUCAUAAGUACUUUAGUAUAUAGUGCUCAGUUUAUACAACCACAGUUCAGUCUUGGUGUUCAAGCUAUUGGACUCUGGUGAUGUCAAACCAAAUGAGAGAACAAAAAUCUUUGAAUGAUGCAAGUUCAGUAUUGUACCUUUGUUUUGCAUGGACUGUGUUCAGUUACAUUCAGCUUUGAUGUGUUCUUGAAGCAAUCUGCACCAGAAAGUCUAUUAUUAAAGUACAGAACAUGGAUGAUUUUAGGCCAGACCCUUUGGCUGUCACUGUAAUACCAGUUAUUAAUUCUUACGCUUUGACAAAGCAGAAAAGAAGAAUGUUAAGGAAUUACAGAAGACCCACUGAUUCCAUGUUGCAAUGACACUAUAGUUAUGAAUAUUGUUUUGCUUUGUUUUUUUAACUGUAGAAAACAGUAUAUAUGUUGCACCUUAUGAAAAAUGAUGUUUGGAGUCUAUUUUUCAAAUAAAACUGACUUACAGUACUGGAAA